UUUCGAUCCAUUUCGGACGUGCCAUGGCGACGCUCUUGACGGGAUUAGUCGUCGACAGCUUGAUCAACAACUACGAUAAAGCAAAUGAAGCGAUGUGGCGAAAGGAAGACUUGGCCCACCGCCGACAAGAGAGGCAGUGGCGCAUCGACGACCUCCAGCGAGAACUGGAGUGGCGCUUGCAAGACAUUCGAACUGAGCGCGUUCAUAAAAAAAUUGCCAACGAGCAACGACAGGCAGAAACGCGCAACGAGCACUUGUCGGCGAUCUCGGAGAUAUCGGCCGAGUUGAGUGGAUUUGCACUCGUAUCAAUCAUCAACAUCAACUUGCCGAGAGACAUCGACCUCACGUUGCUUUGGGUGUACGGCGUUGCAUCUGCCUUGACGAUCUGCUGCAUGGUGCUCUCUUUGCUGGCGUGCACGUUCCUCAUGUUGGCCGUGACACGGUAUUGCGCACACGAAUUGGAGACGGACGUCAAACAGCUCGAAGAUGCACACAUCGACAACUCGCAUCCGUUCAAUCGAUGGUGGCUGGCAAAGUGUGAGGUCGACUGGCAGUUGGCGUAUGAUCUCUUCCGAGCAGGUGUGACGCUCUUCCUGGUGGAACUCGCAAUUGUCGCGUGGGUCCAGUACAACCACUACCACAUCACUUCCAUCAGCAUCACAAUGGUCGCGUUCGUGGGGUUCAUGAUUUGGCACUCGCGCAUUUGGAGCAAGUGGAGAUAUCUCAUGCACCGGCCAACGGUCGACAGGAUCCUGGACGAAAACACACCACUGAUGCAAAAUCGUACACACGAUCCAGAUCGUCCGUGUUGAGAGUACAGCGAAAGUAUGUUGAUUAACCGGGUCCAGCAUAGAAUGGUCGUAUUAUGUAUGAUACAGUCGUGGCUACGUGCAGCGUGGUCGCGCCAACGGCAUGCUUAACCACCGAACCCAUACAGUGUGCGGCCUUGGCGCUUCAACGCGUACACGACAUCCAUGGCUGUGACUGUUUUACGUCGAGCAUGUUCUGUGUACGUGACCGAGUCGCGAAUGACGUUUUCCAAAAACACCUUGAGGACACCGCGGGUUUCUUCGUAGAUCAAGCCAGAGAUACGCUUGACACCACCACGACGAGCCAGUCGGCGGAUAGCAGGUUUAGUGAUACCCUGAAUGUUGUCGCGGAGGACCUUGCGAUGGCGCUUGGCUCCGCCCUUGCCGAGGCCCUUGCCGCCUUUGCCACGUCCCGACAUACUUAUUCGAUGG